AUGGCGCAGCCACCGAGGACAGCUGUCCUCAGCAUAGACCUUGGCAGCACAAGCCUUCGAGCGGCUUUACUAGAAUUACCACGACGGAACGAGCCGCAUGCGCAAAUCUGGCAUAGAGUACUCAACCCAAACCACGAGGGUCAUUAUAUCAGAUUCAAGGCCUACGAAUGGCCUAUCAUGUUCGACCUCGGCGCCCUCAACUCCGAGUCUUCUCCCAGACCCGUCUGGCAACGUCGUCAUGUCGUUGCGAGCCCUAGCUUCCUGUCGGCCAAAUACAGCAUGUACUUCCUCGCUAAAGCCAAGGAGAUGCAGGAGCAGUACUGCGUUAUCGGACCACAGUUCCCCCGAGAGCACCCAGGUCUAGAGAAGAUACUCAACAAGGGCAUGCUGGAGCUGUUUACUGCUGUAAAAGUGGUAGUCGACAGACUGUUGGAGCAAGCACACCUCAGAAUCGGUCGAGUUGCACUUUCGAUUCCGUCCCAAUGGGAUCAGCGAUUCCAAACCGUCUACGAGAACCUUAUAUCGAGUGUUUUUCACGUCCCGGUCGAUCAAAUCGCGUUCGUGAAGGAAGUCGAGGCGAUCGCACAUUACAUGUUCAAAGACGAAAGGUCGUACCUGCAUCGGAGAAAACGAGCUUAUGAUCAGGAGCGUGUGAUCUUCAUUGACCUGGGUGGUCAUAGCACACGGAUUGCCAAACGUAUGCCAGGUCGUCGGGGCCGUGAUCUGCCAGCGCAAGCCCUGAAGGAUCUAGCUGCACAGAUCAACGCUGCUCAACGAGGUGUCAUCGGUCCGGAUCGACGACAGGAUUUCGACUUCAUGUUCAGGGAAGGAGCAGCUCAAUCGCUCACACUACCUCAUCGAACUAUCCGGAAUUGCUUUAAGGAGGCGUUCAAGAGGCCCUUGGCUGCCAUUAUGGAACAGGUCAAUACACUCGCUAGCGGAAAGGGCGGGUUACUUGUGCUCUCUGGAGGCAGUUCGCUCAUCGGUUGCUUACAAAACCAUGUUCGUGACCUUUGUCUGGCAGUGGACCUCCCCCAUGAGCCGAUCUUUGUCGAAACCGACGACCGGGAAGGUUCAGGGCACAAGGUGUUCGCAGGUGCUGGCUACGCCGUUGCGCAAGGAAUCACUGCCCGCAUGUUCAUGGCUCAAGGCGCCGCCUUCGCCUUACAGAGGAAACUCGGCAGCGAGGAUGAAUUUACACAAUUGUUGCUCCACGAGGACCAACAACAGGCAUCCUUUGACUUCCGAACCUCUGGCAAAGAUGACUGGGUCAUCAUAUGCGACCCCCUUUUCGGGUCUAGGCCCGGGGUCAACGCUCCUGAUGACGGUGCCGUUCGUUAUGGAAACGCAUACGACGUUGCGGUUCUCGGGAAACUGCGGCGUGGUACGUGGAAGAUAGACAUGUCCUGGCACGACCCCAAGUCAGGCCACAAGCACGCUAUUUUCGGGUCUGACGAUCAUCACAAAUGCGAGUCACCAAUCGGCAACCUCUGUGUCCAAAUCAGGCUCUGGUACGGGGGCCGCAAGCCACGGGGCCAGCCUGACAAGAAGAAUGAGUUCCUCAAGACACUCUACACAAACGUAUACAUGGAAUAUGGCAGCAACUGCGCUUUCUUUGACAUCGAAGACGACAACAAGCGGACGCUAGCCAAUAUAUGCGAACCCUUUCGCAAAUUCAACCCGAAUUCCGAUGAGUCGGAAUCAGAUUCAGACGAAAGCCUGCAGAGACCAAAGCGCCGGCGAACCGCGUCACGACGGCUCCCAUCGAGAAGGGGAAGAGGUCAAAGAGGCCGAGGGGGGCGAGGGGGUCGAGCUGCAGCGGGACGCGGUACUGCACGCGACUCGAGCACGGUCAAGGACCAGCCUCAACGCGCGGUAGAGCUCCAGCAGCUCGAUCAAAGUCAAUUCGUCGUCAUCGCAUCUUCCCCAGAACCACAACCCACCAGGUCAAGCCCCCAUCAAGCCGACAAUGGCAGUGGCAAUCCCAGCCAAGUUUCUACCGAAGAAGCUUCACUUCAAAUGACUCACGUGGGGACACGAAGUCGAAUCUCUGGGCAGCCCGUGCCCCUGGCGAAUGGAAAAUGCGUAGCGGAUGACCGUCGAAGCCAUGAUGCCACCAGACAGACGACAGGGUCCGCCAGGCCCUCGCGGGUGUCACAGCGGUCUCUUGGCUUGAGCCCCGCGAGCGAUGCGCAAGCGGCUCAAGACCCGGGAAAUUCAAACAGUCCCAACGCCCACAAUCUGCACGGCAUGCACAACCCUGCUGGAAGCGACCCAGAAGACGAUAGAGUGUUCUCAUAUAUGGCGGCGCAAUACCAGCGAGACAAGUCCUCCACAACGAGAGGUGUCGAGGCUGAUAAAGGAGCUGCUGUCACCUUCCCAAGUCCCGUGAUUCCCGCACACCUACAGCUACAUGAGGAAGCAACGACAAUGGCCGUGACACAUGAUCAGAGCAAUGGAACCUCACCAUCCACCCCAAUGUCGUCGUCGGCAGCGAGACAGUUCCUGUCCCGAACCAGAAAGUCUUCGCGGCCAUUGGCACAUUUCGCACAGAUCUUGUGUACGCCAGACCUCGAUUCCGCCGUGGAUGCUUCAGAUCAGCUGCACGACGGCUACAGAGAACAAGAAGACGCGCAACGAACGCCCUUGCCAGGACACUCACCGUCCAAGACCCACGUUGGCGGCAUCACAACAAUAUUGUCUUACAUACCAGGGCUGCGAAGUACCGAUGAGUGAAGGGGGGAAGGUGAAAGAUUUCACAACACGCUUUAUGUUGGUCCUGCUGAGGUUGCAGUUGUUGGUUUGCACGCUGUAAUCAGCCGACAAGCUCGUGUCCCAAUCACCCAACUGCACUACACCAAGCAUUGUUGAAAGGCC